AUGGCUCCGCCAUUGCCCGACCUCGUCAUGGGCAUCGGCUGCAACAAGUGGGGCACGGACCCCGCGAAGUUCGACGCCGGCGCGCUCGAGGCCACCUACGUCGCGGCGCUCGACGCCGGCGUCACGCUCUUCAACACGGCGCAGGCCUACCCGACGAGCGAGGCCUGCCUCGGCGGGCUCCGGGCGCGGACGCGGCGGCCGGCCUUCGUCGUCUCCAAGUUCAACUCGCUCGCGGCCGCGCCGCAGGCGCUCGUCGCGUCGCUGCGCGACUCGCUCGACGCGCUCGGCGCGGCCAAGGUCGACGGUUUCCUCGUGCACUUCCCCAGGGGCGACCUCGCGGCGCUCGCGGACGGCCUCGCCGCGGCCGUCGGCGCGGGCCUCGUCGACCACGUCGGCUGCUCGAACUUUGGCGAGCGCGCGCUGCGGCGGCUCCACGGCCUCCUCGCGGAGCGCGGCGUGCCGCUGCGCUUCAACGAGAUCGA